AUGGCUGAGCAGCAGAGAUCUGGCAAGCCGUGGAGCGGCACCAAUCGGAUACCUAACAUCAAGGAGUUCGUUGACCGCCUCGACAGGGAUAAGGCGACACGAGACAAAGACAUCGAUGCACAUAACAAGGGCCUUCAGACGCAGAAAUACUCCUCCGAAGUCCAGCCACACAAGAAUGAGAAGCCAAAGACAGAAGGGAAGACGGUGACCGAUCCAGUCACUGGCAACCAAGUGGUCGUCGCCGAUGUGGGCAAGGAGUAUAUGGAGCGAGCAGACAGUCCUCAGCUAUCUGUCCCCAACCAGAAUCUCGGCAAGCCAACCACGGUUGGCACAGAUCCCUCCCAGAAGAACCCCGAAUACAAGGAGAAGCAAGAUAUCACCGCCCCUCCAGACCCCAUCGCGGAGGGGAGCACUUCAGAUGUGCCAAUCCACGGCGAGAAGACGAAUAUUCUCUUCCAUCCUACUCCCUCAGUCAGCUAUGAGCCCAUGUUUGAAGCUCUUGAGAAGCGAGCAGGCGGUCUUUGUAUCGCUAUCUUUCUCUCCGUCGUCAUCCUCGGCAAGAUGUUCGGUGGCUCACUCAAAGGGUUGAUCCCGCUUGGCAUGUGCCUCGCUUCGGGUAUAUGGCUCUGGAUGAAGGAGGUCAUCAGAAGCGGUAGGGAGGUGGAGUGGAGCAGUGAGCAGAGCAGAGGGGAGACUGCUGUGGCCAACCUCCUCCCAGAGUCCGUGGAAUGGAUGAACACCUUCCUGAGUAUCGUUUGGGGGUUGAUCAACCCGGAAAUGUUUGCCGCAGUGGCAGACACGCUCGAGGACGUCAUGCAAGCGUCCGUUCCAGGUGUCAUCAACAACGUUAGAGUCGCCGAGAUUGACCAAGGAAGCAACCCGAUUCGAAUUCUGAGCUUGCGAGCACUUCCUGACUCGAGAAUGCACGAACUGAAGCAGAGCAUCCACGAGGAGAACAAAAAGACCAAAGAUCCGCAAGAAGCCGCCGCCGACGAAGAAGGCGGUGACUACUACAAUCUCGAGAUCGCCUUCGCCUAUCAUGCCAAACCAGCUGGUGCUUCUGCCUCUUCCAGAGCAAGGAACAUGCACAUGAAUCUUGUCUUCUAUCUGGGCAUCAAGGGACUGAUCGGUGUUCCCUUGCCCAUCUUCGUCGAGCUGCAAGAGCUUGUUGGCACCGUCCGCUUGCGACUGCAGAUGACUCCCGAGCCACCAUUUGCGAAGAGCCUCACCUUCACAUUGAUGGGUGUACCUCAUGUCCAAGCAGGCUGUAUUCCAAUGGUCAAGAAAGGGGUUAAUAUCCUCAACCUGCCACUGAUCUCGAACUUUGUCAACUAUGCAAUUGGCGCAGCUGCCAGCAUGUAUGUCGCCCCUAAGUCCAUGCAGCUUGACUUGAAGUCGAUGUUACAAGGUGACGACAUAACCAAGGAUACCCAGGCGAUGGGAGUGAUGUGGAUACGUAUUCAUCGCGCCAUCGGGCUCAGCAAGCAGGAUCGACGCGGCAGCAAACAUGGUGGAAGUGACCCUUACAUCAACUUGUCCUUUUCCAAGUAUGGCAAGCCGAUGUACUGCACCCGUGUUAUUACCGACGACCUCAAUCCGGUUUGGGAAGAAACUGCCGCUCUUCUCGUCACACCGGAACUCAUCAAAGCCGAUGAACAGCUCAGUGUCGAGUUGUGGGAUUCGGAUCGCAACUCAGCGGAUGACAUGGUCGGCAAGAUCGAACUUUCCAUGCAGAAAAUGAUACAACAUCCUGGCAAGAUGUAUCCUCAAAUCUCGAAACUUGCUGGUACUCAACAGGGAACAGAGAUGCCCGGUGAGCUGCACUGGGAGGUCGGCUACUUCGGCAAGCCCAAGUUCCGCCCUGCUCUUCGCACCGACGGUAAGGACAAGAAUCUGCCGCAGAAUCUCCAAAACGAUGAAAGGUUCCAAGACGAGAAGGGUACUAUCGACAACGAGGAUGCAGAUGCUGUUGCUCACACCCCUCCUGACCCCUUGUGGCCAAGCGGUAUUUGCAGUGUCAUUGUCCACCAAAUUGUCAACUUGGAGCUGGAGAACAUCAAGGGCAGCGAGGGGAAUCGGAAGGGUAGAGAGUUCGAGCCAGCCAAGGCUUAUGGUGAAGGAACAGAUGAGGAGUCUAACAAACUGCCAACAUCUUAUUGCACCAUAUUGUUCAACGACGCGCUGGUCUACCGCACUCGAGCCAAAGCCGUUAGCAGCAAGCCAAUCUUCAACGCUGGUACGGAACGAUUCAUGCGGGACUGGAGAUCUGGGAUUGUUACCGUCACUGUCCGUGACCAACGUAACCGCGAACAUGAUCCCAUCCUGGGUGUGGUGCCUCUUCGACUGUCUGAAAUUCUCACGACCAGUUCUCAGGUGACGAGAUGGUAUCCUCUCGAUGGCGGCAUUGGCUUCGGCCGCAUCAGAAUCUCGCUCCUCUUCCGGAGCGUGGAGACUCGCCUGCCUCCCAACAUGCUUGGCUGGGACGUUGGCACCUUUGAGUUCAUCUCUGACAGGAUUGUGGCUACAGGCUGGAAGUCGAAUACCAAGCUCAAGCUGAGAACCGGUGGAAGUACCGGAAAGAUCCCCCGCAACCACUGCCAUAGUAACGAAGCAGGGGACGGCGUCUUUUUCGACGUCUCCGCAGAAGCUAACAACCAUGUUCGCUUGCCCAUCAAACACCGAUACCGCUCACCGGUCAUCUUCGAAUUCCAUGUCACUGGCAAGCGUGGGGCGGCCGCCUAUGCAUCCGUCUGGCUCCAGAACUUGGUCGACAACGAAGAGACCUCCAUCGACAUCCCAAUUUGGACAACCAAGAAUGGCAAUAGACUCGUGCAAAACUACAUCACCGAGGAAAACGCCAAGGCGUUCAUCGACAAAGGCUUGGAGGACUUGCAGGAGGUUGGGCGACUGCAGUUCAGAGGCCGCUUCAAAGCUGGUAUGGAUGAGUCCCACCGAGAAUAUAUCAUAGACAACGACACUCGCGAGACGUACGAAACAUUCGAGGCAUGCUUGACCGAGGGUGUACGCGAGCGAGUUGUCGAGAGUGAGGUGCCCGAACAGAUUCAAGAACUCCACGAGGCCUCUCUACAGCAAGGUCGUGAUAUCCUGAAUAAGGAGCUCUCGGAGAGGGAGAAGCGGAUGUGGAGGAGUAAGUCUGGGGAAGACUGGUCCGGAGCCUUCAGCCAUGACCCCAGAGCCUACACGAACAAGAAUCACGAAAAGAUUGCUGAGCCGGGAACGGAUGCGCCACCUCACGAUCCUUUCAACCCAUCAGACGACGAUGACGAUGACGCCGAGCCGAUUGACGACGACUCUUCGGAAGACUUGGGUAUCACCGAUGGCACCAACGCCCAAGAGGGCCAGUUCAGCAAGGGUCCCAAGGAUGUCCAUGGACUGGAUGGGAACCGUGACGAAUCAAACGGCUACGCAAAUGGACGGCCAAGUGCAGAUACCACUGCCACAGCGGGUACUGACUACACCACCAUGACAGAGACCUCAACGAACUCGGUCCAGCCCGUGCAGAAGCGUGACAGUACUUUUGAGAAGAAAGCUGGGAAGCGGUCCGAAGAGCGCAAACACCGAGGUUUGUCGCAGUGGAAGCCAGCAAGGAAUGUCAAGUUUGCCAAAGAUGAGGCAAAGAUCGGGAUGGGUAAACUGAAGCAGAAACUUGGCAUGGGCGGACUUAAUGGCAGAGAGCCUGGUGUGGAGAGUGAGGCUUGA